CAACCCCAACCUUCCCUUGUGAUCUUUAUCGCUCGUCUGCGAUGCUGCUCUCAGUGCCCAACGAAAUCCUCAAUAGGAUUGCCUUUGAAGUAACAACCACCCUAUACUGCCGGAAAGAAACUAACCAGCAUGCAGGCAGAUAGUCGGACUCGUCGGCACCUUCGACGUACAUGCCAGCUGCUCCGUGAUAUCGCCACACCUCUCGUCUUUAAAUCAGUCUACAUCGACCUAUCUUGGAGUCGGCACUCUAGCUCAGCUCCCAUCUUUCUUAAAUCACUUAAUUCUGGUCCGAGAUUGGCGCAAUACAUCAUUCGUCUUUCCCUCUAUCUGGACAAAGAGUCCCGGCCUCUUCCCUCCCGUUUUGCUAGCGAAGCUAGAAAGAAGAUGAGAGACGAGAGACUAGAUUCUUUUGAUGCCCUCUUCCUUGGAGCUAUUCCAUCUAUGGUUUCAUUGAAAUCGUUAUUUUGGAGAAGUAUCGGGAAUUUGGGACCGAACUAUGCUAAUCUGAUGUUUGAACGGUUCGGAAAUCUACCCCUCUUGUCCAGCCUGAAGAUAGACCGUCGCGGCAACUGGGACAUACCCUUGUCUCCAUUUCGUCACAUUCGAGAUAUCAACUUGAACUAUUGGGGCCAAAUAAGCAACGAGCUCAUUACUUUCCUCGGCUACAAUCCAGACAUAGAAAGUAUAGAUGCUUACGUCUGGGGCGGGGGUUUCGACAACGAUGAAAGACGAUCGAUUUCAUUGUUGUUUAGCUCUUUACCUCCGGGAACGUACAGUACUGUGAAGACACUGAAGAUAGGCGGCGGAAUAUACUCCGAGUUAUACGCACACGAAAUCCCCGAACUCAUACCUCAUUUGCGUCACCUCGAGAGCCUGGACACGUAUAUUACCAUACCCGAUGAAUUUUGGGAUGGAUUGCAGGAGCAGGGAAUAUGCUUGGUGUCUCUCACAUAUCACAAUCCCAGUUUGGCGCUACUGUCGUAUCUCUCGUCCUAUACAGGGCUUCAUGAACUGUCACUUAACAUGUCGUCAGACCCGACCAAUGGCAAUCUCCAUAUCUCAUCCCUUCUUCCGACCGUCAUCACCUUGAAUUCUUCGUCGUUGACGACAGUUCGCAUUGGGCCCUGCCAUAGCGGAGCAUGGUGCUUGGACCAUUCUAUGCUAGAUGCUUUGGUUCUUUGCCGCGGUCUGAAAUCAUUAUAUGUCUGCGCUGACAAAUCGAGAACGACAGCAGAAGAAAACAAUGUCAUUGAUAGAAUAUUACACGCUUUCAUUGCAUCCUGGCCGAAUCUCUGCAAUCUUCAAAUAGAAGCGGUGUCUCGUUCCUAUGGAUUUGAAGCAGUAAGAACGACCGCAAGUGAAAUUCAUAGGCGCAUUUUAGCCCUGCGUUUCGCACCGCUACCACCUGAAAGGUUUAGACCGCAACUGUCAUCAGACUUCGCUACAUAUUCUGUGAACAUCUAUGAUCGAAAGAACAACAUUCACGUGUUUAAGGUGCAGCAUUUGGAGUAUCAUGGAAGGAGGGAGUCGUGGAGGAAAUACAAGUUCUGGAAGCGAUCUGAUGGUUAAUUUGUAAUACCUACGGUAGUUUAAUCACAAUGAGUGGUUUACCUUGCACAGACUGAUCGUACAAAGCUACCAUCAUAAUGUACUUUUCUUUGUUCAAG